AUGUAUAAUAAUUUUGGUGAUGAAUAAUACAAACUUAAUAAGUGGUGUCAAUUUAUAGAUUAAAAGAUUGCUCAGUUUUUUAAUAAACAUCUAUUAAAGCAUAACAUAAUUAAAGACUAUUAUUAAGAUUUUAUUAAUACCUUAUCAAUAAUAAUAAUUAGAUUCUUAUUAAAAACGAAUGAUAAUAAAUUACCUACUCUUUGUCUUAUUUUAGUGAUAAUUCAUUUACUAUUUACAAUCAAAUAGAAAUUACGUAAAGUUUAAAAUUUGUUAAAUCACCUAAUAGAUGUAUUAAUUUUGAUUUCUAUGUAAAACUUUAGUAGAGAAAAUGAUAAUGAGUUCAUUAUAAGACUUGCAUUACAGAUAGGAAUUUAAACUUCUAAAUCUAUGCUAUUUUAAUAUGAUUAAUUUAGUAUGAUUUUUUAGAAUAUUUUAAAAAUUUCAUUGAUAACUAUCAUUAAAUGGUAUUUAAUCAAAGAUUAUAAGUAAUUUUUAAUUUUAUAAUAGUACUUUUAAAAUAAUUAUAUUGAUGACAUUUAUGAUAUUUUAUUAAAUAAUUCAACUUCUUAUUGUUACUUCCUAUUCAUAUGCAUAUAAAAAUAUAUGGAUUAAUAAUGAAAGAAUGAAAAAGAAUAACUAAAUGAUUGAAAAACUACUUUAUGAAUUACCUAUAGGCAUUAUCUUAUUUAAUUCAAAUGGAGAAGUGUAAUUUUAAAAUUCAAUUUCAUAUAAAUAUUUACCAAAAUCAGUUGAUUUAGUAACAAAAAAAUAUAAUUUGAAUACUAUUUAAAAGUAUAGUGAUUUAAUUCUAAUGGAAGGAGACAAAGCAAAAUUCCAGAAAGUUUUUGAAGAAACUUUGGAAUCUACAGAUCCAAUAAUAAUUUCAUUUGCAUUUUAAGGUCAUCCUAUACCAAUAUGUUGUCAUUUAAGAAAAUAGGUUUUCAAUAAGAAUUCAAUUGUGGAAGCAAUAUUUAUUGAGAAAGCUGAUGAUUAAUCCUUAAUUUAUGAUAAAAUAUCUUAGAGUUUAUAAAUUAUGAAGAUCUAAUAGAUAUCUGAAAUACUAUCAAAAUAGCCUGAUAGAAUUAAGUAGCAAUUAUUAUAGUCAUUAUUCCCUAUGUUAAGUAAAACAGAUUAUUAAAAGUCUGAUUAGAUUGUAUGUAAUUUAAAAAAUUACUUUAAAUUUUUUGCUGAUUGUUUAUAAAUUAUUUACAAAACAAAUCCUCAUUUAAAAAUAGAGAAUGAUGUUCCUGACCAAGCUUUUAUUGAUAUAGUAAAGUUACAUAGUAUAUUAACUUAAUUAAUAUCUUACAUUUAUCAAGAGCAUCAUAGAAAAUAAAUGAUGUAAGGGUUUUCAUCUUAAAAAUAAUUGAUUUAAUAAAGUGAAAGAUCAAUUUAAAGAGAAAUGAAUAAUUUUUCUUUAAUAUCAUUUAAUAUAUCAAAAGGAGAUGUAUUAUAAGUGACAAUCUAAAUAGAUUAUCAUAAUUAAAUUUAAGAAUUAGAGUUGUUAUUUUAAAGAUUUGACUUCGAAGGACUAAAAAGUUAUGAUUUUAGAUUGUAACAAUUAUAAGAAGAAGAUUUAUCAUACACAUCAUUUAUUCAUAUUUUACAUUAGAUAUAUUAAAUAGAAGGUCAAAUAGAAUUAUGUGAAAGAUUAGAUAAUAUUAAGAUUUAAAUCAAUAUUCCAAUGAGAGUGACAAAUGAAUAUUAACCAGUUCUAUUAGAUCAUUAUAUUAGUAUGGGUAAAUUAGAUCCUCAAUCUAAAAUCUAUUCAAUUAAUAGUGAGAUAUUUUAAGCUUUUAGAAUUAAAUCUACAAAGAAAAUCACUUCUACCUAAAGAAUAGCUCCUUAACCAGCUUCAAGAGUUAAUGAAGAAAAUGUAAAGGUUUAAACAUCCUUAAGUGAAUAAAAACCAUUUUAAAUUUGUAAAUGUUUUGAAUAUACUUAUCGACCAAAUGUAAUUAGUGAAGAGGAGAAAUUAGAAUCUAAUAAAAUUAUAAGUCCUAAUUUAUCACCUAUUAAUAAACCAUCAACUUUAAAUUAAGCAGAUGUUGCUACUUUUGAUAUUGAAGAUAGAAUUAAUACAUAAAUGCAUUCAGUAGAAAAAGCAGUUUCUAAAGUUUUGGAAUAAGUUUUAUCUGAAAUAAUGACAUUUAAAGGAAAAAGAAUUAAUGUACAAUUUAGAAAUUCUAAGCACAAAUAAAAAUCAUUUGAAACAUCUCCAAGCAGUAUUUAUUUAAUAUUAUUAUUUAUUAGAUUCUUCAGCUUAAUAACCAAAUUAAAGAAAUACUAGUGUACCAAAUUUAUAGUAAUUUAGAACUACUAUUCCUGAACAAAGAGAAACUAAUACAAAUUUAUAAUAAUAACAAUAAUUAUCCCAACAUCCAAAUUAAUCAUUAUUUAGAUAGAUUGCUAUAAAAUAAGCACCAACUUAAACAUUAUAGAAUUUUGGAGUACCACCUACUGUAUAAUCUUAAUCUUAAUAAAUGAAUUCAGUUUAACAAACUAAAAGAUAUUAAGGAACAUAAUUAUUAAGAAAUCUUAGAGAAAAUGAUUCAAAAGUAUAACAUUUAGAAUAAAGUGAUUAAUUUAAUUAAUUCAAACCGGAUGAAAAUAAUGAUGAUUUAAAAAAUUCUGUUAAAUUUAUUCCUACUGCAUAAGAUGAUCAUUAAUUAUAAAAAUCUUAAACUUCUUUUGGAGUAAUUGUUCAACCUGUUUAAACUUAAGGAUCUGAGAAAUCACCUUGUUUUAAAGUCUAAAAAUAAGUUACAAUAAAUGAAAUUGAAAAUUAAUCAGAAGAAAUCAAAUAAUAAGAAACUGUAGAUUUAAAAUAAUAUUAUAAAGAAAAUUUAACAUAUUUAGUAGUGGAUGAUUCAACAGAUUUCUUAGAUUACAAAGUUAAAUAAACACAUUAAUUAGAUUAAAGUAUAAUAUAUUCAGAUGCAAUCAAAAAGAUUAAAUCAAUGUUUGAAUUAAAUAAAAUUUAUCAUUUUAUUAUUGUUAGGAUUAAUCUACCAUUAAAAAAUGGAAUCUAAGUAAUCAAUUAUUAAAUAUUUUAAGUUUAUUUAAGAAAUAAGAUAAUUAGAAAAUUAACAUAAUAUACCUAAAUAAUAUUUUAUUGGUGUUGAAACCAAUAUAUCUUAAACUCUUAAAUAGUCUUGUUUAGAAGCUAGUUUUGAUGAAGUUUAAGAAAAACCUAUAAAGUCAUAAUAUUUAGAGUAAUUGAUUGUAAAACGUAUGAAUCCCCCUCCUGCAAUUAUUUGGAAAUCUAUUAUUGGCAAAAGUUGUUCAAUUACAGAUUAAUAAGAGAAACUAAAUUAAGUUCAUUAAGAUCUAGACUAAUUUCAAAUACCUUAAAAAAUAGCUUCAUUAAAAGAAAUAUCAAUUACUCCAAAGUAACCACUACUUAGAAAAGCUUUCUAUCAUCCAAUUGUCACUAUUUAUAUAUUAGAUGAUUCAAGCGUACAAAUUAGUGCUUUAUCAUCAAUGAAAUUUGAUUUCAAAAUUAAAGUUGAAUAUGAUAGAAAUGUAGAAGCUGGAUUAAAACGUUUAGAUAAAUUAUUUGAAGAAAAGAAAAUUUAUCAUGUAGUCUUAGUAAAAAUGAAUUUUACAAAAAAAACUGGAUUAGAGGUUAAUAUUUAAAUUAAUUUAGAUAUUAUAAUCAAUUAGAGAAAUGGAAGAAAAAUAUUAAGUUCCAAAAUAAUUUAUAGUAGCUAUAGAUAGUGAUUUUACUGAUGAUAAAAAAUUAGAUUUAAUCAAAUAAGGAUUUGAUGAUGCUUUAACAAAACUUAUUGAUAAAAGAUUAUUAGAAGGAAUACUAAUAAAAAGAUUAGAAGAUGAAUGA